AUGGACACGCCCAUGCACGCGAUCAACGAGUCGAGUCUGUUGCUCGGCAACGCCACCGGCGACGGCCAAGUGUUCGGACUCGCACUUAACUGGGUCGAGACCCACCGCGCGGCCAGCGUGCUCCUGGCCUUUGGCUGCUGCGUGCUUUCCACGCUCCUGAGCGUCUACAACAUCAUCCAGCACCUCGCGCAUUACUCGCGGCCGCAGUUGCAGCGCUACAUCGUGCGCAUUCUCGUGGUUGUACCCAUUUACGCCAUGGGGUCCCUUUUAUCACUCACGUUUGUCAACCACGCGCUCUAUUUUGAGUCAAUUCGAGAUUGCUACGAAGCUUUUGUCGUCUACAGUUUUUUGGCGCUGGUAUUAAGUUUCGCAGGUGGCGAGUCCGUCUGUGCGCUGAAGAUCCAGACGGAACCGGAUAUCCGGCACAUGUGGCCGCUUCGCCGCUGUUUCGAUCCCCUUGGACGGGACGGCCGCCUCUUGCGGCUCUGCAAGCGCGCGACGAUCCAAUUCGUCUUUGUCAAGCCCCUCUUUGCCGCCCUGUCGCUGUUUAUGCUGGCCUGUGGCACGUACCACACGGUCGCGUACCAACUCGUGCUCGUCGUGGUCUACAACGCGUCGUACUCGAUGGCGCUCUACGGUCUGUGGAUCUUUUACCUGGCUGUGCAGCACAUUUUAGAGCCAUUUAAUCCCGUGCUCAAGUUUGUGGCCGUAAAGGGCGUCGUGUUCCUCACGUUCUGGCAAAACAGUCUGCUGGACUUGAUCCCGGGCAUUACGAACGAGCAGGCAUUUGCUUGGAAAGACUUGAUCCUGUGUGUCGAGACAGUUGUGUUUGCGCUUGUGCAUCUGGUUGCAUUCAACUCGAGUCAGUUUAAGAAGAACCUGGACCGCUUGCCGGACUCGGAGGUGCUGAACAACAUGAAGGAGGUGCUGAGUCUGUCCGAUAUCCUGGCGGAUGCGUACCAUAACUUUAUGCCGUCGUAUCGAGACUACAUGUUGCAGCGUGGCGGAGAGUCCACUGGUCGUGCACGCAAAGGUGACGCGUCGAGAGGGUUUCGAGAUACAUUGUCGUCUGAAGACAGCCCGACGGCAAUGGCUUAUUCGAAUGCGCGUGUGCCGCGUUUUGUCAUUGACGAUGAAGACGAUGACGACGACGAAGACGGUGACAAGGAUCAUUCGACGAACGAGGUGGCGCUCGAGUCGAUUGUGCGUGCUGCAGCAGCAGCAGCAGCUGAAUUGCCUGCUUUAAUGAACGGCAAAACAGCGGAGCUCGAGCUGUCAGCAAAGGAGACGGAGGAGAGUCGUGAAAAGGACAUUGAUGUCGUGAUGGCCAACCCGCAGGACGACGAUCACGUCAAGUGUGUGGACGUUGACAAAGCAGCAGGAGCUCUCGAGGAAGGUGUAAGUGCUGAACCGCCAGCAGCAGAAGCAGCAGACGAUGUUGCGUCAAUAGAGACGCCGAUCCGGCAACGAUCGAGUAGCUUUCCCAGUACCACGGAUGUCCAUGAACGCACACGGUAUGGCCUCGAGAAUGCCACAUUGUAA